AUGCCGGAAAGUUCGACUAUGGUUUUCUCAACAAAGUCUGAAAAGAACAUUUGGGGAACGAACUGCCCUAUCCGCCUAGAAAGAUUGAGCCACGUACCCGGUCGAGCCAAAGUGAUCCAAACCCACCGGGCUCUUGACGAUAGACAAGUUCAAGAAUUAAUUAAGGACGACUUUUUUCCUAAUCGGGGCUACAAAGUGAAAGUUUUGGCUGCCAGCCAAGAAGGAUUACACAACCUUUAUCGUCUAAUAACCCUUUCUCACACCGAAAGAUUAUUCAAAAAACCCUCUAUUUUUCGCUCCGAUUUAGCAAAAUAUCGCACGGGGCUUUUAGUUGGUGCUGCUGGCGGUCGGGAAGGGGAGACUUUUGCCUUGUUUAGUUCUUUUAAUUUUGCCGCCAAAAAACGAGAAAAAUUGCUUUUUUAUGAUUAUGUGGAAGUAAAUAACCUCCAAACUUUUCGUUAUUUAUGGUUGAACGGGCAAAUCAGCGAAGUUGAAUUAAAAGAAAUGACAAAAAAGAUAAUUAGUACUGCCGAAGAAUUAAAAAUUCCCGUGGUGGCUUCCCACCAUGUCUACUACUGCCAGAACAAAGAACGAUUACUCAAAGAAAUUAUUGUCGCCAACGAAGGAAUGAAUGGCAGUCGUCAUUAUCUCUAUAACCAAGCCACUUUGGAGGGCAAGCAAAAAGAUAUUAAAGGCAAAAUUGAUAUUUUUCAACGUUUAACCAA